AUGGAUUCUUCUUAUACACAUUCGGAACGUUACAACAAUUUCCAUGGUAAUAUCCCAACCAAUGAUCUUAAACCAACUGUUGCCAACUCUCUCCACAUUACACACCAUUCAAUUCUACACAUCGAAGGAAUCAUGACGGUUUAUUUAAUUGGAGCGAACACGCCUCUUAAAGUGACGUUAGGUGAUAGUUUCAUGUCGGAGGUGGUGGCUCAAUCACUUACAAUAUCCCAAUAUGACCGGUUGCUGAAUGAGAAGCAAAGUUCGCAUUCUCAAUCAACUUCUUGCACUUCCAUGAAUGAGCUUCCUUUGGAUCUCUCAAUGAAAGCAUCUGCUCUUCAGUCCCAAAAAGAAACUCCGGUGAAGACCGGCAGUGAAACGACAGUGAAACCGGACAUUGAUCUUGUUUUUGAGUUUACAAAUUGA